UUUAUACGGUUUAUCAUAUGUCCUUCUUGUUUAUCCCUUAUUUUUCGACAAACUUCGUAAACGUACUUAUAUUUGUAAUUUUGACACUGAGUACUGACAGAAUAUCACUUGCAGAGUUGACGGUUGACAUUUAUUAUCACUAUCCACUUAUGAAUUGUUUUUCUUCGUUUAUUUAGGAACAGCUCGCGGCUCGCGGCGCACCUCUAUCGGCACUGUGCAGUAACCAACAUUAAUCGUGUGCGACGUACAUACGUACUGAAAAUUUACAGUUUAUAGUAUAGGAUUGAAAGCGUUCUUAAGUUAUGAGUGAAUUAAGACACGGCAAAUUGCCUCCUGUGGCAGUUCUAGACGGUGGUUUAUCAUCGCAACUGUCGGUUCACGUGGGGACGACUGCUGACGGCGACCCAUUAUGGAGCGCCAAAUUCCUGCAAACACAUCCCGAAGCGGUCGUCAACACUCAUCUUGACUUUAUGCGUGCCGGCUCCGACAUUGUUGAGACCAACACGUACCAGGCAUCUGGGGGAUUCGUGAAACACCUUGGUCUAACACCCGAAAGGGGAUUUGAACUCAUCAAGACUGCUGUGGGUCUUGCCAAGAAAGCAAGGGACAAGUACCUUGAAGAGUGUAUUGAAAAUGGCUCUAAAAUUCGUACACCCCUCAUCGCCGGAUCUGUCGGACCAUUCGGAGCUCACUUAAAUGAUGGUUCGGAAUACAGUGGCAACUAUGCUGACAAAACACCAGAGGAAAUCAUGAGAGAAUGGCAUACUCCAAGAAUAAAGGCACUUGUAGAAGCAGGUGUUGAUAUCAUUGCAUUGGAAACAAUUCCAUGUGAAAAAGAAGCACAAGUAUUGGUGGAAAUGCUAAAACAAUACCCUGACAUGAAAGCCUGGUUGUCUUUCAGCUGUAAAGAUGGGACCUCUCUGGCUAAUGGAGAAAACUUUCAACAGGUGGCUAAACAAUGCUGGGACUCAAACCCAAAGCAACUAUUGGGUAUAGGGGUGAACUGUUGCUCACCAUUAAUAGUGGCAGAACUAUUUAAUGGCAUAAAUGAUGACAGGAAAGAAUCUCCAAUACCAUUGAUCACAUAUCCAAACUCUGGGGAGAAGUACAAUCCUGAGCUUGGUUGGGUACACAAAGACCAGUGUGUGCCCAUGGACAGGUUUGUGGAACUGUGGCUAGAUAUGGGAGUGAGGUACAUUGGAGGCUGCUGCAGGACUUAUGCAUCUGAUAUUGCUAAGAUUCGCACACAAAAAGUGUUUGGCAUAACUAUAAGAAAGGAACAGAGAGGAAAAAUUAAAACAUUGUUAAAACAAAAUGAGGAACUCAAAGAGCAGAAUUUAAAAAUAACAUUAGAUAUAACAAAAUUGAAGAAGGAUAUGGGAAAGUUAAAUGACGAGAAGUUUUCUGACUAUUUAACGUUGAUGAGAGAACGCGACGCGCGCUACACACUCUACUUUGAGAACUUAGAACUACAGUUGAAACUCAAAUUGGAUGGAGGCGCGUUUCCCGUGGGCGACACUUACGGAGAUCCUGUUGUACUCAGAAUCGCGCUGGAUAGAUGCAGGGAGCAGCUGUCCAAAACUCAAUCCGAACUAAAGAAAAAGACGGAAGAGUAUUCCGUGACAGUUCCGCGACGAGAAUACGACACUCUCGAAGCUAAACACUGCGACAUCACUAAGCAGCUGGAUGCAUUACAGAAAGAAUUUCACGCACUCCAGGAGUCAUACAAUAAGCUGAGAGGCUCAAUGAAAAAUGUAGAAGAAGAGUUAAUGGAAGUAAAAGAGCGUUGCAGCGAGCUGGAAAGGGCGGGCACUCCUCGACCGCAGUGGGACCUGUGCGCAGAUUUUAUCGGUGGGGGAAGAGACAGAUGGUGGCAAUUAGCGAGUGGUCUAUCCUCCCGGGACACCCUUCGAGUUCUCCUGAAGGAACUGGGUCCCGCAGCGGAGAGCGAGCACCUCGAAUACUUUGAUGGCCUUGGCACAGAUCCUGCGAUACCACCCUACCUCCGCUACGAAGGCAAGAUCAGGAAUUUGCGGCUGUCACGGCGAGAGAUCAGCGUCAUCAUCAACGACAUUUGGCUCGGCAAGGAGGACCAUAUGGAUAUGUCCAUGCAAGACUACGUCACGAAAUACUUUGAGGAUAGGUACCAGCAGCCGUCGGUGCGUUUCGAGUGGGCGUACAACGUGUGCGCAGGCGCGGAGCAGCAGCUGGACGAGCCGUCCGUGCGGCUGUUCUGGGCGGUGCUGCACUCGCAGCUGGCCGAGCCGGUGUACUGGGGCCUGCGCCGGCACUGGCGCACGCUCAGGGACCACGCCUACAACCACGCUGAUGGACGAGAGUCUAUAACUAUAGAAGAAUUUGAGAAGGUUGCGAAAUCAUCAUUUCCGCUAAAGAGUGAAGUGGACAUCAAGAACUUAAUGGACGUCGUAAAACAACUUAAAAUGAAGAUCAACAGCAACACAAUCAUCUUGGACAAACUGUUUCAUGAAAAUGAAGAAGGUUUCGACCGCGUGGAACUGGCGCGCGAGCUGUACCGGCAGCGGCAACUAGCACAGGACAAAUACUUGCGCGAGCUGCUCGCUGCGCUCGGCGGUCGGAGCGCCGCCAACAAGCCAGUCACUGUUGAAGCUCUUAAACGGGCCUUCGCUAUACUGGACCCGGCUAUAGAUCACAUACAGAUGGAGCGCUACAUUCGUUGGGCGUUUUCGGAUACUACUUCAGAUUUGAAAAGCAUUAGUCCCAUACCUUAAACCCUGGCAGCUAGACUAGCCGCAGGGGAUAUAGAACGUGGGCCCCGGCACAAAGGCUUUAAGAGAUCAUCAUAUAAAUAAGACGUGAUUGUAAAUUACAUUUAAAAAUAUAUUUC